AUGGCGGGCAAACCAAAAGAAAACUUGCCUGUUGCCCACCACAACCCAAAAGAGGAGACAAAACUCACAGCGAAAGACAUCAAGGCAAUUUUUUCUGGAGCACCUCACUUUAUGCUGGAGAGAGGCAAUUAUCAUCUGUGGUAUCCCCAAGUGAUAUUCCCGUGGGAUGAUCAUAACCCGGUAAUCCAACACAUGUGGGAUCGCAAGCCAUUACCCCAUGCAUCCUUUACUCUGAGCACACUUCACGCUCAUCUGCCGCUCCCAGACGACUGGGCUAUCAAGGGUGGCGUUCCGAUCAAAGUCCUUGAUUGGCGCCAAACAGACGCUACCAACAGGGCAACGUUCGACGUCGGCAUCUUCGAAGUACCCAACAUGCUGUCUAACAAUGGCAAAGAACCUGGGACCGUCGGUUUCCGGCACUUUCUCGAAUUACCUGUGGCCGACACGGUCCGAUACGUUGGCCCCGAAAAGCCAAAGAAAUCUCCACAUCUACAGCAAAUCUCGACCAUGGCGGCAACCGUGGCGUUUGAUAUAAUGGAGGGAUAUGGCAAACCCUAUUCGCAAUGCCGAAGCGGUGCCGUCCACGAUCGACAUAAACUCAUCUGCGAAGGCCCCGAGGCCUGGAAGCGCAUUGGAGUACGAGAUAUCAACCUUCGAUCUCUGGUGCAACGCCUAGAACAUCUGCGCCAGUUUCGACAUGAGAUGCUCACAGAGGGAUCGACAAAGACAAUUCUGGAUAUUGAAAGUCCGCGCGAGUUGUACGACAGCUUACACACACAAUUCCUUCACCCCCAACCUGCCGACAUCAUAGGGGGUCAUGCGCAAAGCAUCAAAUCCCAGAUCAAAACUUUGUCAAUCGUGCUGGCCACCCCAGGCGCAUGGAUCAAUUUCAGUCUCCCCGAAUGGCGCUUUCGCGUAGGGCAGGUCCUAUGGGAGGCAUCCCUGCAUGGCGAUGGGGACUGUCUGGGCCCCAGUUCAGGCGAUGAGAAAGUACCGUGGGAUCUUAUGAUCAAGUCCGGGAUGGAGCGAAAGUGGUUGCUGAUCCAGAUGCUCCUCUCGGCCGAGUUGCUUCUUCGCUUGGAUGCGUUCGUUCGAGCUGGCAUGUUGCAUGAUGCGCACGCUGGCCAUAUCACAAUGCGCGAGCUUGGGGAAUUCGAGAACUUGCGAGACGGCAAGCUGAACUGGGAUUUGGUUGUUGUGCGCCGGUUCCUCAGCAGCCUCGAUAUCAGUUGCCCGCCGCCACAAUCAGGGCCAUCUCCAGAUGGCUCACGAUUGAAACUCUCAGCCACCAAGUCGCAUCGUUUUUCACUUUUCGAAACCAUCAGUCGGCAUAGUCCGCCCCCUGUUGCGGAUUUAAAGUCCGCCUGGGACUGUGAACUGAGCUCUUCGCACAUUCGGCAACAACUGGAGGGUCUGUAUGUCUUCGCAGAAAAUGUUGGAUGGCCAAAAUUGGCUGCAUUGAAAACUGCCAUCGAGUUCAAACUUGGAGACCCUCACAAUCCGGUUCUGCCAGCCUUAGUCGUUCAUGAUAGGUGGGGAUGGGAGGAGAUAUCUCAGGAGAUGUUACUGGCCAAGGAGGAUAUGUACACACGAGAUCCCUGCCGUCGACGUGUCAAGCUUGGUGGCUCUGGCGAUCCACAAUCUAAAACUUUAGGCUGGAUCUCGCGCUCCUGGCUCUCCGGUUUCGUGAUACCUGGAGAGGGGAUUAGUCAUCUUCUCAUGGCGACGCUCCUUGAGAAUGACGCGGAUGCAAUGGAUAAACUGGGCUCAAUUGCCAACCUCUAUGGAGGGUUCGUCUAUGACCAACGGAGUUGGUGGAGCAAAGCAUGCGUUGUCGGACGUGUCUUGUCUAGUUCAGCGGGAGCUAAGACAUGCAUGGGGUGGAUCAGCAGCGACAUGAUGCCCCGCGAUGCGAUUACAGGGGAAAUAUUCCAGUGUGGAUGGCUUGAAGUCCCGGUUGAAGAGGUCUUGCAGAUUUCGAGCGUACCUCGAAUCGAGCAAGGAACCAAGCUUGCGCUGGAAUCGUCGCCGCUAGGCGCGGGAGCUAUCUCAGCAAAGGCCUUUACACUUCCAACGGAUAAUCCUGAGCCAAGUGCAAUAUCCGUCAACAUCGAAGGCUUGAAUCUGUCUGUCAAGGAUUACAGGCCUGCCGGCGAGUUUGGAAUUACAUCUGCCGAGGCAUCCAUGUCGUUCUUGAUUGGAGGCGCAGAUGGCGCUGGAGUUUCAACUACGGUUUCUUUCCCCCUCAAGUAUAAUGUUCGCUUUAUCUCCGCCCAUGAGUGCUGUCCACCGUUGGGGAUCGCCUCUCACAAGCCAUCCGACCGCGAGAAAAUUGGAACCCAACGGCCUACAAAACCCGUGUCCAAGUACUCACGUCUACCGGGUCAUCCUCUGCACAGCUCUUAUCGGUACAAGUAUGUUUCGUUGGACUCUCUUCCCUCUGCCCCGACGCCGCAAUUGACAUCGCUGGUAAACCCGGAGGCAACUCAUGCCCCGGAGAUUAUUGUCAUCGACGCGCGGGGCAACCGAGACAGGGAAACGUUCGCUCGGGCGUGGUGUGCUUCUGUUGGGUGUCAUGCAAUCAUAAGCAAGCGAGGGCGAUGGAUGUAA